UGUUCAACUGACGUGGUGUACACUUACUCUUCUUCCAACCCGUCAUGUCCCUCGUAACCCGCUGGUUCUCAAAGAGUGGUUCAGAGAACUACGAGGAGGUUCUCUCCGCACUUGCAGCUGAUGUUGCACGACGGCAGACACGUCUAGCAGAGAUCCGACUCCGUGAGCGGCGGACAACACUUCAGUUCACGCUUGGAACGCUCUCUCUAUGGAUUUCAUUUGUAUACUUGUGGUACGCGCGUAUGCUUCCUGCGACGUGGCAUGACUCGCUGUUAGCGAAAGUAGCAGUCCUAGUGGGACCUGUAAUAAUAUUGUUUGCACGGAGAAUGAUGCAGAUAUGGUAUUCGUGGAAAGGCGGACGCGAAGAGAAAACCCUCAGAGUCGUCACUCAAAAGCAGCGCGCUAAAGUUGAAGAAAUCAAGAAAAAGACCAAUUAUGACUCGACACGGAGCCUGCUUGAGAAAUACGCCGAUCCUGGCACCCCGAUGCGGCGCCUGCAGCCUUCACAGCCCCGUACACCACUGCCCAUAACCCAACAGGCACACCUGCAAACACCUAUCGCCCAGCAAAGAAAUUUACCUCUACAGCUUUCGCCAACGCCACAGCCAAUUCAACCGACCCGCAAGCAAUGGUAUGACAAACUCGCCGAUGCCAUUUUGGGUGACGAGGAAUCCUCAAUGAGCGUGGCUGCCUCGCGCUAUGCACUUAUAUGCCAGAAGUGCUUCUCACACAAUGGAUUGGUCAAGGAGAGCGUUUGGGAGGACACCCAGUACGUUUGCCCGAAGUGUGGCUACCUUAAUCCUUCCGCUCGGUCAAAGAGAUUGGGACUUCAGCGCACGCCAUCUCCACCUGCCAAUAUGGACACGGAUCCUCCGCAACCUGCCUCCAUGGAGGGCGUGGAGUCAACCGCGCCGUCCGCCGACAUGGUGCCUGAGAAGAAAGAGGGGCUCCGGUCGCGAGAGAUGGCUGGCCGCACACGAGGUGAUGCAAUGCAGGCAGAGCACUCCACAUCGUAA